UGCCAAUUCUGCCGCCAUUGCCAGCCAUCGCACUUGCUCGCUCGCCUACCUAACAGGAUCGAAUCCCAAACUUUCUCGACUCAUUCUCCCUCACCCCAUCUCCUCGUCGCCGGCUCUGCUCGCCGCCGGCCAGCCUCCCAGCAUGGGUUCCGACUUCAAGGCUAUCCCACUCAUUGAUAUUAGCCCGCUUGUGGAGAAGAUCGAUGACCCAAGCAUGGUCAGCGACGGGGACUUGCUGGAAGUCGUCGGAAUGCUGGACGGCGCCUGCAAGGAGGCCGGGUUCUUUUACGUGAAAGGCCACGGGAUUGCGGAAUCAAUGAUGAUGGAAGUCAGGGAUGUCACGCGCAAGUUCUUUGAGCUUCCUCUCGAGGAAAAACGGAAGAUCCGACUGACACCUGGGACUGGAUAUAGAGGGUACCAGAGAGUGGGCGAAAACAUUACCAAGGGUAAACUUGACAUGCAGGAAGCAAUUGAUGUCAUUUGCCAGUCAAGAUUUUCCAAAUUCGUUUUUAUGUACCUUCCACGCAGGCCCGAUUACCCAUCAAAUUUUAAAGUACUCCUGGAAAAUUAUGCAAGCCUUCUACGAGAUCUUUCAAGGAAGAUCAUGCGAGGUAUAGCCUUGGCACUUGGUGCCCCGUCGGAUGCUUUCGAAGGAGAAACGGCAGGAGACCCCUUCGGGUAUCUCAGGUUGAUUGGUUAUCCAGUCUCAGCAGAUAUUCCAAAAGAGCAACGCACUGAUACUGGAUGUGGAGCUCACACAGAUUAUGGCCUUCUGACACUGGUUAACCAGGAUGAUGACAUUUGUGCUCUUGAGGUCAGAAAUCUGUCUGGCGAGUGGAUACAGGCCAAGCCAAUCCCUGGAACCUUUGUCUGCAACAUUGGUGACAUGCUCGAGGUUUGGUCGAAUGGAAUAUACCAGCCCACGUUCCAUAGAGUUUUCAACAACUCCCUUCGUUACCGCGUAUCCGUUGCCUUCUUUUACGAGUCGAACUUCGAUGCCGUCGUGGAACCUGCGGAGUUGUGCCGGGAGAAAACAGGCGGCGUUGCCAAGUAUGAGAAGGUGGUCUACGGGGAGCAUCUGGUCAAGAAAGUUCUCAACAACUUCGUCCUGUAAUAUCUGGCGCACGUGCAUGCGCCGGUGUUCUAAGCUGCCCUUUUUUUAAUCCUGCCGGUUACAUUUCGUUGAUUAUGUUGUAUAUCUUGUAGAUGCAGCGAAAUAUGUUAGCUUUUUAAUCU